UGUAGUUUGGUUCAAUUGCCCCGGCGGUCACAACAGUCAUGGCGGCUGCGGCACGGCUUUUUCUUCGAGGUGCACACACGAAACUUUCUAUCUCCAGUGUAUCGACCGUACCGCAGAGACAUUUUGGACCCGCGUUGCUGAAACUGUCACCGAGCUGCGACCCUCAUACCCAAACACAGUGUAGACAUGCAGCACACUUUACCUUCCAGCCCGACCUCGUCCCGACACAAUAUGGGCCAACCCAGAAGAUGAAUUUGUUCCAGUCCAUUACAAGUGCCUUGGACAACACUCUUUCCAGUGACCCUACAGCAGUCAUCUUUGGAGAAGAUGUGGCCUUUGGUGGGGUGUUUCGAUGCACAGUGGGUCUGAGAGACAAAUAUGGGAAGGAUCGAGUCUUCAACACUCCACUUUGUGAGCAGGGGAUUGUGGGAUUUGGUAUUGGUGUUGCUGUUGCAGGAGCCACAGCCAUUGCUGAGAUCCAGUUUGCAGACUACAUCUAUCCUGCUUUUGACCAGAUUGUCAAUGAGGCUGCCAAGUACCGCUACCGAUCUGGCAACUUGUUUGAUUGCGGCACCCUCACCAUUCGAGCUCCCUGGGGAUGUGUCGGCCAUGGAUCCCUCUACCAUUCCCAAAGCCCGGAGGCUUUCUUUGCCCACUGCCCUGGCAUUAAGGUUGUCGUACCUCGUAGCCCAGUGCAGGCCAAGGGGCUGCUUCUGUCCUGCAUUGCUGAUAAGAAUCCCUGCAUUUUCUUUGAACCCAAGAUCCUUUACAGAGCAGCAGUGGAGCAAGUUCCCACAGAAGCCUUCACUAUUCCACUCUCACAGGCUGAGGUUGUGGAGGAAGGAAGUGAUGUCACAUUGAUUGCCUGGGGUACACAGGUACAUGUGAUGAAGGAAGUGGCCCAAAUGGCUCAGGAGAAAUUGGGUGUUUCCUGUGAGGUCAUCGACCUUCGCACUAUCCUGCCAUGGGAUGUUGAAACUGUUUGCAAGUCAGUGGUGAAAACCGGACGGUUGCUCAUUAGCCAUGAGGCCCCAAUCACUGGAGGCUUUGCUGCUGAAAUCAGCUCUACAGUACAAGAGGAGUGUUUCCUUAAUUUGGAGGCUCCGAUUAGUAGAGUGUGUGGUUACGACACUCCCUUCCCUCAUAUUUUUGAACCAUUCUACAUCCCAGAUAAGUGGAAGUGCUUUGAAGGAAUCAAGAAGAUGAUCAACUACUAAACUGGAAUAUGAGCCAGUUCCUGAAAGCCCCAAACGGCGUGCUCCCCAUUUUCUUCCUCACGUUUCCAAUCAGUGGAGCGCAGCCAGGGAAAGACACUUUGUUGACCAACCAGUAGCGAAGCUGUGUCCAGGUGACUCCAUGUCCCCGUGUGCCCUCAAUUAAUACUUUUACAUUACUUCUGGAUUAGAGAACCUUAUUCUAUGGUGGCCAUGAUGGCAACUAUGAGGACGAUGUGAUCUGUAGUCCGUGUUUCUAUGAAAUUGCAUUUGAGCUUGUCUCCAUCAAUAAAAUGGCAUUCUAUCAUUUAA